AUAUAUUUUGGUAAUAAUAAAUAUAUAACAAUUAUAAGGUUGCACUUUAAAAGAAAAAGUCAACCCAAAGGUGGAUUUUUCUUUUAUAUGUAUUAUUGUUAUAUUUUAUUGUUACAACAAGAGUACCACUAGCAAUUAGUAUUAUUGUCCAAAGAUGAAAUACUAAUGGUGCAUUUGGUAUCUUGUGAUGGGUUAAAAAUUAUUUUACAAAAGCAUAUGUUCAUUUUCCUUGUUCUUUCUACAGUUAAUUUUUCGAGCAUAUCUGCCAAUCUCAACUCCAUCCCUGUCCUAAAUGGUACUAACUUUAAGGAAUGGAAAGAAAAUAUUCUAAUAACUUUGGGCUGCAUGGAUCUUGACUUAGCAUUAAGGGUAGAGCAACCCGCUUCUCUUACGGAUGUUAGUACCCAAGAUGAAAAAAGGUACUAUGAGAAGUGGGAUCGCUCGAAUCGCUUAAGUCUCAUGAUCAUAAAGCGUGGAAUUCCAGAAUCUUUUAGGGGUGCUGUAUCCGAUGAGGUUACUAAUGCCAAGGAUUUCCUAACUGAAAUUGAGAAACGUUUUGUUAAAAGCGAUAAGGCGGAAAUAAGCAUGUUGUUAAAAGACUUUACUUCCAAAAGGUAUUCAGGAAAAGGAAAUAUAAGGGAGUAUAUUAUGGAAAUGUCUUAUAUUGUUUCUAGGCUCAAGACACUUAAGAUUGAGAUAUCAGAAGAUGUUCUCGUACACAUAGUCUUGAACUCUCUUCCUAUUGCAUUUGAUCCUUUUAAGGUCAGUUAUAACUGCCAAAAAGAGAAGUGGUCUCUUAAUGAGCUCAUUUCAUAUUGCGUGCAAGAGGAAGAGAGGAUGAAACAAAAUAAGACAGAAAGUGCUCACUUGGCUAGUACCUCUAAGGAUAAGGGUAAAAAGAGGAAGAGAACUCCCAUUAAGAAUGAAGUUGCUCAAGGUCCAGUACAGAAGAAACAUAAGGUGAAACAAUCUGUUUCUUCUGUAAGAAAUCUGGACACAUGAAGAAGGAUUGUACCAAGUAUCAUGCUUGGAAAGUGAAGAAAGGGUUGUCUGAGCCACCGCAAGCCAAAUGAUGCUGAAAGAUGCGUCUAUGUGGGAGAUGGCAAAGCGGUGCAUGUGGAGGCUAUUGGGCAUUUUAGAUUGUUAUUGUUUACCGGUUUCUAUUUGGAUUUGAAAGACACUUUUAUUGUUCCGUCAUUUAGGCGGAAUUUGAUUUCUGUUUCUUAUUUGGACAAAUUGGAUUAUCAUUGUUCUUUUGGAAACUUUCAGUUUAAUUUGUCUUUAAAUUCAAGUAUUGUGGGGACUGGUUCUUUUAUGUCAUAUGACAAUCUUUACAUGCUUGAAACAAUAACUUCAUAUAAUAAUGCUUUGAAUGUUG